AUGUUCAACGACAAAGAGACCGACUCCGGUCUCCCCUUUCAUGAGCCAUCAACUGCACCUCCCUCGGAAGAUCGAAGAAAGCAUCAUGUCAUACGCACAGAAAUCACAGCUUUCUUGGGAGAGCUAAUCGGAACCUUCAUGUUUCUAUCCUUGGCUUUCACUGGUACUCAGAUCGCGCUCAAUGCCGCCGGCACCAACGACUUGACGGCGAGCUCAAACCCCAUUCCCGACGUUGGAAAGCUUCUCUACAUUGCCUUCGCUUUUGGUGUCUCUCUGGCUAUCAACGUCGCCAUAUUCGCCGACGUCAGUGGCGGUAAAUUCAAUCCAGCAGUUACUGCCGCCUUGUGGCUCACACGAAAGAUUCAUUGGCACCGUGCGCUCCAGACUAUCAUAGCGCAGAUGAUAGCUGCCAUCGCUGCAGCAGGCUUCGUCUCCGGUCUUUUGCCCGGCGAUCUUACCAUCGACACAAAGCUCGACGCAUCGAUUUCCGUAACGCGAGGGUUAUUCUUAGAAGCAUUCGUCACAGCGCAGCUUAUUUUAAGCAUUCUCAUGCUGGAGGCCGGAUCAUCGAAACCAAUGUACAUUGGCUUAUCACUGUUCAUUGCAGAAAUGUGCAGUGUGUACUUUACCGGCGGCAGUUUAAACCCCGCACGAAGCUUUGGUCCGGCGGUUGUUGUAGGAUUCACUAGUUACCAUUGGAUUUAUUGGGUAGGUCCACUAGGAGGAGCAGCCGUGGCGAGCGGAGCCUAUGCACUGAUAAAUUUUGUACGGCGAGACCAGUUAUAA